CGAAGUUGGUGAGUUUAUCUGUCGAUUAAAUGUUCAGCGCGAUUCCAUUUCACUUGUGUCUCUGUGAUCCAUGUGGUGGUUCGCUAUGUUAGAAUUUCUGUAAUUGGUUCGCUGUUAUACGUCUUAUUUCACAUCUUUGCCUACUGUUAUUAGCCUAACUCUAUGUUGUACCUCAAAAACUAUUGCUGCAUUUAUCAUUAGGUGAAAUACUUCAGCUAUCGCCUGCUACUCCUUUGCUUUUUAAUGCUUCACAUGUUUAUUACACUGCCUAACUUUUGUGUUUUUAAAAUUUAUACAAAUCAUUUACUGUUCUGUUACUACAUGUAGUGCGUUUAAUUCGUAUUCAUAUAGCGAACACACUGUGGGGAGCUAAGGUUGAGGCUCCUCAUCUCAGUGUUUUUCCCGUUCGAUUAUUUUCCUGCCAGCCCUCAUUUUAUCUUCAGCUCAUGCUCGUAUAAUGCUUAUUUCUAGGGUUACUGUACUAGUCAUUUUGGGCGAAAUCAUUAAUUUAUGUACGAACCGAUUUGAAAGAAUAUAUCAGGCCUUGAAUUUCUUCCUAAAAUUCAUCUACCCAUAAAUCUAAUUGGUAUUUUGGCACUAAAUGAUGUCAGUUCAUAGUGAAAGCCCCAACUCUAAUCCCUAACCCUGACAUUCAAUUGGCAAUCUUUGUCCUGAUUCCUCACACAAAUCUACAACAUUUGUGUAGUUUCAGCAAGUAGUUGGGCAUUCUUAAGGUCAUUUAAGCGCCACCUAAAGUUUGUGCAUAGAUUGAAGUCUUUCUGUCGUUUAGGAAGCACUUUAUCAAACUACUGCUUGGAGACUGAGUCUUAUUUUAACAGGUAUUCUUGUAUUUUGUCGUGCUACCUGGUAUUCUUUUAACAAGUGAGCUUAUCGUGUAGGAACUGCCAUUGCUAGCACCGCUACUCUUAUCAGUAGAUUGUGUGGUCCUUCCCGUUUACUCACCUAAAAACAAAGCCCUCGAAUGCCCUGGUACGGCCGAGAGCGGGAGAGUCCUCUCUCCCUCUCGAAAUACUCUCACAUGGCCACGCGUAUACAGCAUCUGCCAGGAAAGUCCUACUCACUGCCUUCCCUUGGCAGGGGUGUUUACGAAAUUGAGAGGACGAAAAGCGAAUGUCCGGUUCUUUAACCGAGUUGGCGGACACCAAGGGUCCAUCUAGGGGAGUUUGAAGUCCCUGACUCCAAACCAAUAGUGUACAUGGGCUCCAGUAUCCUGAAGGAACAAAUGGCGUAUGAACCAACUGUUGGUCACUGGCUAUCAUGGUACUGCACCUCUUCACGAUUCUCCACUGCCUUGUGGAUCAGACCUUUAGGUCGAAGGCUCCGAGUGUGGCGCCCUACUAAUACCACCUGCUUCAGUUUGGGCUCCCGAGCAGUAUCACAGCCCACACACAAAUCAAGUGACACUUUUGGCGCUUAUGCAUUCGGUUCCCCUUUUUACCCAUAUUUAUGUGUUCAAGUAAAUAAUAAAUGUUCACCUUGUCCAUCAAGUGUUCUGUGUUGCGAUAAUAUCCCAGUCAGGUGGAUAGGUCAAAAUUCAAGUACGGGUUUUUAUUUUAAUUCCAACGAUCGGGCUUACUACGGUAUUAUUCCGGUCACUUGGUGUUGGGUCUGACAUGUACAUGUUUUUUUACUUUGCAAGAUGUUCUGAAAUAGUCUGUCGAGAGUGAUAACAGAUGUGAUACAUCAGACGCAUGAUGUAAUAGUCAUCGAACAACGGUCGCUACUUUCAUAAUUUUCUUUCAUAUUUAAGUGCAUGUGAUACGACUUAGUGACCCCUUGGUAUUUGUAUUUUAUUAGUAUGUUAUUGGUCAUGCUCCCGUCAAUACGUGUUUAUCGAGUUCCACUUUUGACCCUAAAGUUGUUUCAAACGUUUCGUUAUUGUGACUAGCGACCUUAGUAUAAUAUGCGCUCACAAUGCUUGAGACGACCUGUCUUGUCAGUGCAGGCCGAGAAAGUAUUAGACUCUACAACUUUAUUGCCUUUAACCCCUUAAUUUCUAGAAAAACCCAUCUAUUAUGCUUGAUAUUCAAGUGUUUGGUUAAUGGUAGCAGUUUUUUUCAAAUUAUAAACCUGCUCUAGUUCUUACAAAAAGUGCUAUCGUGAAAUUGUUUGAAUGUAUUUACGUUCUAAAGCCAGUGCAAAACUAACAUUGAUUUAUACUGUUAAUAGCUACUAGAUUCUUGCAUGUGAUCCAUCAUAACUGGCUGCAUUAAAUAAAAUUUCCACAACUUGAUGUCGCACUUGACUACUUUCCACGCAUUCCUGGAUCACUCUUUUCCUCAAGAUAAUUACAUUGAUUCGGAACCUAGCUACGAAAGAUUAGCUCGUCAAGAUGUAGAAUGCACGUCUUAUGAAGCAAAACUUACUCGUGAAUGUAUUGGAGGUCAGUUAAAUCUCACAGAUUUGUUUUGCGAAAAUAUUUUUCCCACCGAGUGUGGUGCCAUCAAGUUUGGAGAGAUGAAGACUGAGGCUGUUAUCGUGCGUGCGAUCGAAAAAGUUAGGGAUAGUGUUUUUAACAAACUUGGUUCUCGACUUUCUCAUAGUCGAUCUGUACUCAGACCAGGAGCUGUCAAAUAUGAGUCAGCAGCGAUUGAUGUUGUUUUGGAUGCCUCCCUCUCAGUUGUUUCUCGUGAGAAUUUGGCCAAUUGGACUGGUUCAACUGGAAUUGGUAUUAGUUCUUCGUCAAUUACUGAAAGUUUGAAUCAUGGUAAGAGGGUAGAUAUAAAUGGGAAAACAAAGGAGCUGCUGGAAAAAAGAAUUCGAAAUUCCAAACCCCAACCGUCAUACAUCUUUCAGGAGGAUACCACUUGUGAACUGCCACCUUUAACUAAACUUGUCGACAACCCGGCAUUCAAUUGGGAAUUUGAACUAGAUACGUUUCAAAAACAAGCUAUUUUGUGCCUUGAGCGUAAUCAAACAGUCUUUGUAGCAGCCCAUACUUCGGCUGGGAAGACGGUUGUCGCAGAAUAUGCUUGUGCUCUCUGUCGUCGUCGGGGCACAAGAGUUAUCUAUACGAGUCCGAUUAAAGCUUUAUCGAAUCAAAAGUUUUAUGAUUUCAGACAAACAUUUGGAGAUAGUGUUGGACUUAUUACAGGUGAUAUCAAACUGGCUCCCGAAUCUACAAUUCUAAUAAUGACCACGGAAAUUCUGCAUAACAUGUUGUGUAACGAUGCUGAUGUUAUCAGAGAUCUGGAAAUAGUCAUUAUGGACGAAGUUCAUUAUGUCAAUGAUGUGGAAAGAGGUCAUAUAUGGGAACAAAUUAUGAUAAUGUUGCCUAAACACGUGUUAUUGGUUAUGUUAAGUGCAACAGUUCCUAAUAAACUUGAUUUUGCUGAUUGGUUAGGACGUGUACGUGGAACUGAAGUUCAUGUAGUUGCAACUAAUAAACGUCCAGUUCCAUUGGAACAUUUUCUUUUUACCGGUAUGGAUGGUCAACGUAGUAAAGAUCAUCUUCAUCUGAUUGUAGAUCAAGCUGGUCAAUUCAAUUUACCAGGUUAUAAACAGGCAAAUCGUAUGCUUAGCGGCGAAAAAGAUGUUGAUAAAAAGAAACCUACUGAAAAUCCGGCAAAUCCAUCGAAUGCUAAAAACGUACCACGAAAGAAUACUGGUGGUAAAGUGAAUACUCCAGGUCAUUUCCGUGCAUUACCACCAACUAACGGAAUAAGUGUACAUGAUCAUCGUACCAAAAAUUUAUGGCUUGGAGUAAUUCACCUUCUUCAAGAGCGUGAUCUUAUGCCAACUAUAGCAUUUGCAUUUUCUCGAUCAUCAUUGGAAACUCUGGCUGGUCAUUUAUCUUCAGUGGACUUGUUAAAUUCAAGUGAAAAGCAACAAGUUAAAAAUUUUCUACAUUGUUCUGUCACUAAACGAUUAAAAAGAUGUGAUCGUCAACUUGCUUCAGUUCAGUUUAUUAGUAAAUUAGCUGUUAGAGGAUUAGCUGUUCAUCAUGCUGGAAUGUUGCCUAUUUUGAAAGAGACAGUGGAAAUGCUAUUUCGACGUGGUUUAAUCAGAAUCUUAUUUGCUACUGAAACAUUUGCGAUGGGUGUAAAUAUGCCGGCUCGUUGUGUAAUCUUUACCACAUUAGAGAAAUUCGAUGGUCAAAAACGUCGUCCUUUAAAUUCAAGUGAGUAUACACAAAUGGCUGGACGUGCAGGUCGUCGUGGUUUAGAUGCUUCCGGUUCUGUAAUUAUUCUACUUGGUGGAAUUGGUAAAUCACUUACACCAGGUAGUUCGGGUUUACCAUCUGAGCAUACACUAUGUGAUAUUAUUCUUGGAAGACAAACUCAAUUAGUUUCGAAAUUUAAAAUCACCUACUCUAUGAUAUUACAUUUACAUCGAACUAAUUGGUUAACUCCACAGGAUGUAAUGCGACGAAGUUUCAUGGAAGCAGCCAAUCUUAGACGUGAACUUGACCGUAAGCAAUGGUUGUCAGCUUUACGCAAAAAACUCGAUGAAACAACUACUCUUAUACCACCUGCUGGAUUAUCAUCAAAUAUAUCUCAUCAAAUUGCUCGUAGUUCAAAUAGUAAAGUUACAAUAUCUAUGAAUAAUAAUCCUCGUUUAUCUGUACCAAUCGGUGAACCUAUUUUACAAGUGAAAUGCCCUUUUGGUCAAACAAGUUGUUGUGAUACAAUGACUACUUAUUAUCAGGCUUGUUGCAAUUAUCAAAAGCUUACAUCAUCUAUUGUCCGUUUACUUUCUGAAGAAAAUCUAACUGAUCUACAACGAGUCUUCUGUCCAGGUCGUAUAAUAUUUAUUAAUGUACCACAAACUGAUAAUUCAUCAUUGUAUAAUAAAGUAACAACAAAACAACCCAAUUGGUUAGUACCGGGUGUUUUGGUUAAUUUAACAAAGAAAAAAAUCAAGAAUGAAAGUGAAAUACAAUGCGAUAUUAUCACUUGGGAAUUGGCUGAUUUACCAGAUCAUUCUAGAUCAUUUAAAAAGUGUAAUCAUCAAUCGAUAAAUCAGACCGUUUCAGUGAAUGAUGUAAAUGGUAGAAAACAAGAAAAUAUUAACAAUAACACUACUCAAUUCAAUGAAUUUGAUGAAGAGGAUAUUUUGAAAGAAGGUGAAGAUGCUCAACUGUCUAAUACACCAUACCCUCCACAAUUAAUGCCUGUUUAUACACCUGAGUCAAUGGAAGAUGGUUAUGCUCGUUUAACGUUAUUAUCCAAUUUGUCUAUUCGAUCAUUUGUACGAAUUACUGAUCAUGUUUUUACUGUAAAACAAUAUUGUAAUAAUACUGUAAAUAAUGCAAAUAUAACGCCAUCAGAAUUAUUACUUCGUGGUAUUAAACGUCAUCGUCAGCAAAUAGCAGCUAAACAAGCUGGUAUGCAUUUAGUGAUUGGUUCAAACUCAACUGCAAGUGAUUGUGAUCCCCUAGUUCUUAUGGAUGAAUUAAAUGCGAAUUUGUUUAAUCUUGUAAUUUCAUUGACGCCGGAAUCUUCUAUGUCACCGAUGUUUGGUCUACCAGUUAACUGCCCUACUAAAGUUGAUUUAAGAACAUCAUUGAAAUUCAAAGGAAUUUCAGAGGAGGAUGCUUGUGUGUUUGAUGAACACGCUUUACUCAGUGAUGAACUAACAACACCACUUCUAACAUCGGUUAUUACUCAGCGUUUGGCUCCAAUUAGUUGUCCUGAUCUUGUAGCACAUUUGGAACUGAUUCAUCGUACCUGUCGUCGAAGAUGGGCUGUAAAACGAAUUGAAAAUAGUUUAUCUAAUUCGCAGUUACAAUUAAAUACGGAGUAUGUGAGACGUUUGUGUGUUCUUGAAGAAUUGGGUUUUAUCGAUUCAGCAACACAUACUGGUUGUUUGAGUUUAAAAGGUCGAAUUGCUUGUGAAUUGACAAAAAUGGAAGUGCUAAUUACUCAACUAUUACUUAAUGGUUCAUUCACUGAUUUAUCGGCUCCUGAUUUAGCAGCUGUUUUAUCGUGUUUUGUAUUUGAAACACGUUCUACUACUGAUACAGAACAAUUACAACAACACGAUGGACAAUAUUUACACAGUCUACUUGGAUCUCUAACGAAUUUUACUAAUGAUGAUUGUAAUCAAAAUCAUCUGUCUAAUAGUUGUUCAGAUGUUACUUCUUAUCCUUCAAAUCUUAUACCUGCAUUACAAAAGAUUGUACUAUCUGCUAUAGAGCUAGAGCAAUUACAAACUAAAUAUGGUCUUACUGAUCCAUCUAUAGAUACAAGGAUAACUCUACAAGCUGUAAAUGCUGUUUUUGCUUGGGCUCAAGGUUAUUCAUUCUCAUCAUUGGUUAGUAUGACUAGUGUUCCUGAAGGUCACUUGGUUCGUGGCUUAUUACAACUCGAUGAACUGUUACAUCAUAUAUGUAAUGCUUGUCAUCAUCUGGGUGAUAAAAAUUUAAGUUUACGAAUGAAGGAGGCAAGAAGUUUAAUAUUACGAGAUCUUGUAUGUGCUCCAAGUUUGUAUACUGCAGACGAUCUUGUGUGAAUUAUUUCAUUUCUACAGCAGUCUUAUUUUGUUGAUGAUAUAUACGCAUAUACAUACCUUUAUACUUUUUUAUAUUACUACUUAUAGUUACACUUGCUAUUUAUUUCAACUGAAAUACUUUUCAUCGAGCAGAUUUAUACUUUUAAUAUCAAUGCAUUUCAAGGUUAUUUACGCAGCUAGUUUUUUUUGAAUGUUGUUCUGUUCCCCUUCUUUUUAUAUUAUUGCUACUGAAUAUUUUUCUGUUUCUGCCUGGUUUAAUUAACUGUAUACAAUCUUUUACAACUGUAUGCCUAUUUACAUAUUUUUUUUGUUAUUUAGCUAUUUUUACUGACUUUCUAAAGAGGUUACUCUAUUUGUUGUAAUUUGAUAUAAUGUUUGUAUUGUUUCUUUUUGAGCAUAGUCUGUUUGCUUUCCUUUAGUUUAGUCGUUAUAAUCUAUUUAAAAGAUCAACAUUUUAACUUGCUCAAUUAACGAAUGAUAUAAUGGCAGCAAUGCAAUAAACAUUUUUUACUGAA